AACCGCUUUACUGCCCUCAUUAUUGUCGACAUCAUCAUGGCGCACCACGUUGAGGAGCGGCGUUCCCUUCGUCUGUUCGCUUCUCCACUCCAUGAACACUCCGACACCAUUCUGGAAAACGCACCCGCACAUCAUCACCACGGUUCCCUGGACCAGAAACCGCUCAGACCUCAACAUCAUCACCACAGUAGCAGCAGCGAUGUAGAGUCAUUCGACCACGUCGAGUAUCCUGAGCAUCAUCGCCCUGAUCAACACCCAACUUUCCACCGUCAUGCAGAGGCUACAACCGCCGAACUCUUUUAUGAUCUAUUUUUUGUCGCAAAUCUUACCACCUUCACCUCCAUCAUCGAAAUAAACGAUCAAGAUUCGCUCACUUCAUAUGUCGGUUUCUUUUCCCUGCUCUGGUUGACGUGGUAUCAAGUUUCGCUAUACGAUGUUCGCUUCUCUGCCGACUCUGUCUUCGAGCGUGUGGCAAAGUCGAUACACUUUGGCAUCAUGGUCGGCUUCGCUGUCAUAGGUCCACAGUGGCAUCCGGGCCAAUCCAUAGCAGACUUCAAGGUCUAUCGAACCUUUAGCAUAGCGCUCGCCGUCUCGAGAUUGACGCUGACUGUUCAGUACUCCGUCACACUCAUGUACACUAAGAAGUACAAGAAGACUGUGCUGCCACUCUCUUUAGUCAUUGUUUUUACGGCAUUGGCUGCUGUAUUGUACGGUGGUCUAUAUACAGCUUUUCCCCAGAUGAAGUUCGACGAAACCGGCGAAGCCAUUCUUCAGAAGAGCAAUGUCUAUAUUGCGUGGUACGUCAUUGCCAUCCUCGAGACGCUUUUGACGGUCGCUGUUUCCUGUGUAUGGAGGGUCAUCAGCUUCAAAGGCACCCAUCUGGUACAACGUAUGUCUCUUCUUACCUUGAUCAUUCUCGGCGAAGGCAUCAUUGUGAUAUGCAAAGCCAUAUCCGAAAUUGUCAAAAACGACUUCCUGUGGUCAUCUGCCGUCAUUGGACAGAUCAUUGGUGCCGUGCUUGUUAUCUACUUUCUCUACAUGCUGUACUUUGAUCGCCUUCAUGAAGAGCACUUUGGCAGCAUCAAGCAGCAGAUAUGGAGCUUCAACCACUUCCCCUUGCAUGUUGUGCUUGUUCUAGUCCUCCAAGGCAUCAGUCUACUUAUCAUCUGGACGCAAGCUAUGCAACUCAUGACACAACUUUAUAGUUCUGUCGAUGACGUGGAAGCCUCAAAGUUCUCGAAUGGGACAGAGUUUGCGAACUUUCUAAAUCAAACGGUGUUCAAUCAGACAUUCGGUGUGGCCCCCAAAGGCGUUGACACCUCCAAAACCAUCAAAGACUCUAACACAGCACUCAGCCAAAUCACCGAAGCAUAUGACUUCCUCGCUAUUGACCAAACCAACGAAACCGCAAAAGCAGAAUACAUCGACGGGAUGAACGACCUCAUGUCUGCAGCAACCACAACCCUCUUCGACAGCCUCAAAGUCAGCAUCUCAGAGCAUCGCAUGGAGAAGCUUAAGAACUCGGGCGUACGCAUCGAUUUCCAAGCCGUGUUCGAUCAGUAUACCAAGUUCUUUGGGUUGGUCGUAUCAUACGUUUUCAUCUCUGGCGGUCUCUCGCUAGUCGUCAUGGCCAUUCUUGGGUUCCUCUCCCUUCCUCCCUCCCAACGCAUAAACUCACAAUACGUCCGUCUGGGCAUCAACGCCCUCUGCGGCUUCGGGCUCACAUUUGUCGCAGCUGUCAAGUAUAACCCGAGCUUGAAAGCGAAGUAUAUGAGCAGCUCGUGGAUGAUUCCGACGAUCUUGUUGGUGUACUUCUAUUGCGUGGUGGUGAACUUGGUGUCGAGACCGAGGAAAAUGAAGAAGCGAUGA